AUGUACAAACCCCAUGACCAGGGCAGAAUGGGCCUGCCGGAAAUAGAGAAAUACUACAGAGCAGCCCACAUCGCCCCACUCAUUGCAGCAUCGCACCGCCAGACCCCCUUGGCCUGGGUUGAAUUGGAGAGGAGCCGCGCCAGGGGGAUCUCCCUCCCAGCUCUGGCAUGGCUGCCGACAAGCCUCCGACCUAAAACAUCAGAACUAUUGCCAACCACCAACCUAACCCUCUCCAUAUGGGAUAACUACCACCGAAAGAGAGGAACAACGACAUCCUUCUCACCAGCAACCCCGAUGGAAGCACUACGACAGCUCAUCCCAGACUUCAACUACAAACUCUGGCAGAGACAUGGAAUAAACACACUAUCGCAAAUACUGCAGGGAGACCGCCUUAAGCCCCUUACAGAUAUCUGCACAGAAUACAAGCUAACCAAGACAGCGACCUUCUCCUAUAUCCAAUUACAAUCAUGGAUAAAACUCAAUAAACCGCAACAAACGGCAGCCCCACCUGACCCACACUAG